AUGGACAUAGGUGGAGAGUCUCCUUGGGGCGACGUCCCAUCCAAUGCGCCCGGAGCUUCAGAAACUCCAUUUGAAGACGAUACAGGUAAGCAGGCUCUCCCUCCCACCCAGUUUGGUCUAACGGGUUUAUCAGAAGCCUCAAAAUCCAAACCCUCAUCCUCCGAACCAAUACAAUCGCUCAAGUCCCCCGCCGGCCGCCAAUCACGAACCCCCCGUCGCGCAGUCGCCCAUCAAGUACGUCUCGAAACGGUCGACGACCCCCUUGGGCCCCUUGGCGGAGCACCAGCAGCAGCAUCGGAAGAGCCCCCCGCACCACCGCAGAAAGAGCAACAAGUCUUAACCCAUAAUUUGCGCCAACAACCCUCUGCUGCAUUACAGCCUCCUGCCAGCGGAAGAAGCUUGCUGGAUGGUGUAGAUCUGAGUGACGAGCUCGAACCUAUUGGCGGGAUAGGGGUUAGACAUCCGCCUCCGGUACAGCCGAAUCAAAGCCAGCAGGUCAGGAGGGAAACGCAUCCUAGUGUUAGUAUUGAGCAGGCUGCGAAGCCGAGCUUUGAGAUUACGGUGGGAGAUCCGCAUAAGGUUGGGGAUUUGACGAGUUCGCAUAUUGUGUAUCUUGUGAGAACGAAGACAACCUCCAAAGCCUAUCGCCAGGCCGAAUUUGCAGUUACGAGACGAUACCGAGACUUCCUAUGGCUUUACAAUGGCCUACAUGCGAACAAUCCCGGCGUAGUAGUCCCUCCGCCUCCAGAGAAACAGGCCGUAGGACGUUUUGAUACCAAUUUUGUAGAGUCGAGACGUGCUGCUUUGGAGAGGAUGCUGAAUAAAACUGCAGCUCAUCCUACACUUCAACAUGAUGGGGAUUUAAAACUGUUUUUGGAGAGCGAGGCUUUCAAUGUGGAUGUCAAACAUAAGGAAAGGAAAGAGCCUGGGCUGGGUGAGAGUAAGGGUAUGUUUAGUGGACUUGGGAUUUCUGUUGGUGGCGGUGGGAAGUUUGUGGAACAAGAUGAUUGGUUCCAUGAUCGCCGGAUAUACCUGGAUGCUCUGGAAAAUCAACUCAAGUCCCUACUCAAAGCAAUGGACACUGUAGUAAUCCAACGUAAAGGCAUAGCUGAAGCCGCAGGCGACUUCUCCAACUCCCUGCACGCUCUCUCGGCAGUCGAGCUCUCACCAACUCUCUCCGGACCUCUCGAGGGGCUUUCGGACCUCCAAAUCCGCAUCAAAGAACUCUACGACCGCCAAGCGCAACAAGACGUCCUCACCCUUGGUAUCACCAUCGACGAAUACAUCCGCCUAAUAGGUAGUAUCAAAAUGGCAUUCGCCUCUCGUCAGAAAGCUUACCAUUCCUGGCACUCCGCUGAAUCGGAACUCCAGAAGCGAAGAGUUACACAGGAAAAGUUGUUGAGGCAGGGCAAAACGCAACAAGAUCGUUUGACGCAGAUGCAUGCUGAUGUCGCUGAUGCUGAGAGGAAGGUACAUCAGGCCAGAUUGUUGUUUGAGGAUAUGGGGCGCUUGAUGAGGGCGGAGUUGGAGAGGUUUGAGAGGGAGAAGGUGGAGGAUUUCAAGAGUGCCGUGGAGACUUUCUUGGAGAGUGCUGUGGAGGCGCAGAAAGAGCUCAUCGAACUCUGGGAAACAUUCCUAAUGCAACUAGACGCUGAAGAAGACGGCCAAGCUUUCUACAAGCCGCCUGUUGAAGCGGCUGCUAGAUUGAGUGGCGAGACGAGCGUAGAUUCGCAGGCUGCCGGUGUGGCUACAACUGAGGAUGAUUGA